AUGCGAGGCACGACCGCCGCAGGUGUCGGUGCUCGCGUGCUCGGAGAGAUUGAAGAGACGACCCUGGACGAGGUCCUUGCUUCCCUUCGGUCGAGUCUGUUACAAGGCCCCAACACCAACGAUAACAAGGCUGGAAAUAUACCCACAUCGAUUGUACGGCCGCCGAUAUUUCCAAUUGAUCCUCUCAAUGACCUCGUCAAUCGCCAUUUUCGAGCGACUCAGUCGGUGCCGCUGGCACUGACCGGCCGCCCUCAUGAGCUGAUCUACGUCCUAGUGGCCACCCUAAUCGCACCACCUUACGAAAAGACAGUGGCUAUUGUCGAUUUUGAAGGACGCUUCGACCCCUUGCGGCUUCUCGCAACACCCAUUGAAGGGGCCGCCGCUACGGGUUCCAUGAUCCUCGAGCCGAAACCCAAGACGGCCGUUCAGCGUUCUGACUUAGACCAUGUCCACGUACUACGCGCUGCACGAGGAAACUUUACGCACAUCGCCGACUGUGUCGGCUCCAUUGAGGAGUAUAUGCUCUAUGGGUCACACCGGAGCCGCGGCCGGGAAUGGUGGGGCACGAUUGUCAUCGGCGGUGGGCUGAAUCCCUCGGGCAGUGCGUCCGUUGCGGCCUCCGCCAAGGUCGCCGUCACGGCCGACUGGAAGGGCUGGUUACGGGUUGACCGGGCGGAGGUGUCCACAUUCUGGGAUAUGAGCGCCGAGGAAGCACUGGUUGAUCGGGAGAAACGGCAAGCGGCGGUGGAGGCUGCCGGCUGGCUGGCGACUUCCCCAUGGGGAGGCUUCUCGAUCUGCAAAAGAGAUAUGGGCCGUUGA